UUUUCAAAAAAUUCCAAAUUUUUUUUUCUAUUAUCAGGUCCAGCCCGUAUUCCCCAACAACAUUAUCACAAGGAUUCUAACGUUUCUUCUUCAGGCCUUCUCCACCACCAUUAUUACCCUCCUUCUUUACUCUCCACAGAAUCUGUAUUCUCUUCCCCCAGUUUAGCAUUAACCAAGCAACAUCAAUUAGUACAAAAACAACAUUUAAAUUUAUUGCCAAGUCAAAAAUCUUCCAUCUCCCUAACACCCCCCAUUAAUCGCUCACAUCAUUCUACUAGUGCUUCGGUUGUUGCUAUGGCUGGUUCUUCAAAGGAAAGUUCAAGCAUCGAUCGGCAUGGGAAUGAUCUUAUCCCACCCGAAUUAAUCGACGCUGACGCAACUACAAAUGGAGGAGGUCCUCCUGUACCUGCUGCUGUUGUUCGUCUACAACAUCAACAACAAACACACAUGGAGAGCUUAGAUUCGGGCUCAUCUCCACCUUCUUCGUCUGCCAUGUUACCCCCACCCGUCUUUAGCAGUCGAUUUGAAAGAAUUCUUCCUCCAGAUAUUCCCCCUAGCAGCGCUCCUCCUCCUCCACCACCAUUGCAGAAAACAACCGGAAAUGGGCAAAUAGAGACUCCAUUAAACAUUACUUCUACACUUCAACCAUCUACAGCCGCGUCAACAGGUGCAGGGCACGGACAGCUAAAAUCAAUGGAUUCAGGUAUUGGUACGGAAGUGACUACAGCCUCCAUGCCAUCCUCAGCUCCAAUACAUGGAGGGAUAGGCCGAACGGCUAGCGAUCUGCCUAGAGCUACAGUUCAACAACAACAACAACAACAAGUUCAGCAACAACAUUCCAGUAUUGGCCCAACUCGUUCUCAAAGCAUGAAGGGAGAAGCAGCCAACCAAAUUAAAAGGGGAGCAAAGGGUGCUGGUAGUUUAGGCGCUGCUGAUUCAGCAGAUGAACAACGGCCGAUAACCUCCCAAUUAGCGGUUCCAUCAGCAUUCCAUGAAUUCCCCCACAUUGUACGAGGCACGGAAGCAGUCGCUAGCUCCUCCACUGGUACUAGCAGUGAAGAAGAAGCUAAAAAAAUGGUGGAGCUUGUAGAGAGGACGGCGGUAGCUGAUGGGGAUAGUGAUUUGGAGGUAGAGACAGAAGUACCUAGCCUUGAAUCUCUCGUGGGGUGGGAGGUUCUGAAGCAUUUAAAACCUAAAGAGAAAAAGCGACAAGAAGUGAUUAACGGCAAAAUUAUUCCACACAGAAAGAACACACGUACGUAACCUAAAAAUUCUCUACAAAAUAUUCUACCGUC